AUCAUCAUCGUGAUUUUUAUUAACACGUUUUAUUUUUUCGCCUUUUUUUACGGAUUUAAAAAAGAAUAUUCUGUGUUGCCAAAUCACCAAGGAAACUGAUUAUUUUUUCUGUUUUAAAAACAACCAACCAACGAUGAGCGCAAUCUCAAUCAAACCAAAACAAUCGAUUCAUUUAUUAUUGAAUCAAACAUACAAUAUGAAUAAUCCACGUCUUUCGAUACGAUUGGAAGAAAGUGUCCAAAACGAUUAUGACGAUGACGAUGAUGAUGAUAAUGUCACUGUUAUAAAUAAUGGCAACCACCACCACCAACACCAUGAUUCACAUCAUUAUCAACAGAAAAAUAAUCAUCGACAGAAAUGUAUAAAUUGUGAUUCAUUAGAAAAAAUGUUAUGUUUACGCGAUCGUACUAUAAUGAAAUUGAUUGAAGAUCGUGAUCAAUUGAAAAUUAAAUUGACACGUACAAUGAAUGAAAAUAUUGAAUUAACCAGACAAUUACUUCGAUAUGAAGGAUCAUCAUUUAGAAAGAAUAAUAAUGCCGCUACAACUAAUAAUCAAAAGGAUAAAAAUCAUCAAUUAAUUGAUAAUCAAAAACAACAAAAAGAAUUGCAAUUUUAUCAUCGUCGUUGUCAAGAAUUGGAAGAACAAAAUCAACAAAUGAAAUUUCAUCUUUAUUCAUUGCGUAAUGUUUUUGUUGAACUUAGUCAACAACAAAAUAAUGAUCACCAUUAUGAUGAACAUGGUAACGAAGACGACGAUGAUGUUGAUAAUGAAUCAUAUCAGGAUCUUCCAAGUUCCGUUUCAGCCAAUAAGGUGGAAAAUAUCGUUGAAAAUGAUAUUGGUAAUCAUCAUCAACAACAACAAAAGCAGCUGCCAUCACAGAAUGUCCAAACAGAUGAACAUUCCACCGCCAAAUUGAUGAAAGACACCGCCACCACCACCACCAUAACGAAUGAUGAUACAAUAAACCGAUAUGAUUCAAUAAUCAAUGAACCAAUAAUUUCAAAUUUUGAUCGCUGGUAUAAUAGUUAGUUGGAACCAAUGAUUAAUGAUUGGAUUUUUAUUCCAAUUUUUUGUGAAUUUUAAAAUCAAUUUUUUCAUUUAAACUUCUC